AUGUCUGGGUUUGUGUGCCCGAACUGUGGGGGUAAGUCGAGGAUUUUCAAGCCGACUACAGGCGGUGGGAAGCAGCUUGCCAAGGAUCUAGCUUCUGAGGCCAUUAUGGAUGUGGUUGAUGAGCUAAGAGAUGCUAUUGAGGGUGAUAGUACGAGUAGCGCCGAUAAAGGUGACUAG